AUGCCAUCUUCCAAAAACGACGACCGCCACGAGCCAGGUCCCGCGCAUCAGCUCAAGCCUGCGGACGCAAAUGCAAACUCGGACGAAAAGACCGUGGAACCUUUAGGGUUUCGCAAGAAGGUGCGAGGCUGGUGGCGGCACCGAAAGGACGGCGAGCGGGAACAGCGGGACCGGCCCGAACACCACGGUCGGUUAGCUCGACCGGAAGCCGAUGCCGCACCCGCUGUCUCCACUUUUCCCGUCAACGGCAACGAAGACAAGCUGACCUCUGCUGUUCAUCAUGAGGAACUGCACGCUACACCCGCAAUCCAAGCGACGGAAACGAACUGCCGAUCACAAUCGCUUUGGGAUCGCGCGUACGAAGUCCUCAAAAAAGACAAGCAACAAUUGGUCACGGAGUAUGAGAAGCUCCUCGCCAAGGAGGUACAGACAGCGAGUACGUUUCACCACAUACGCUGGGAGUCGCCGUGUGUCGUACAAAUUGACUUAUCGAUGUGUACAGAUCUUGCAUCGGAUGCUGCCCCACAAGACAGUUCGCGUUCUCUGCGCCAAGCCCAACUGACCACCGUUAUUGAUGGAGGCCUAAAGCGUAUGGACGAGAAGACUACGAAAUACACGAUUGCCGGUCAUGACUUUGUCCUCAAAGAGCAGAUUGCCCAGGCCUCCAAGUUCUUGCUGUGGGCCAAAGACUGGGUGGGCGAGGCCGUCCAGGCAUCACCGCAGGCAUCUAUUGCGUGGGCGGCCGUCUGCCUCGUUCUCCCGCUCCUCACAAACCCCACAACAGCUGCAGAGGCCAACCAGCACGGAUUCAAGACAGUCACCGCCCGUAUGCGGUACUAUGUCGAGCUGGAGCCUCUGGUACACCGCCUGGCUGCCAACGCACGGGGCGAUGUUGAUAUGCGUGGGUUAAUGCAGCAGGUGGACAGCAACAUCGUCGACCUGUACCGGCAGAUUCUCGAGUUCCAAAUCAGCAGCGUGCUGCGGUUCUACGCCAACCACCUCAAGACCUACGCCAAAGACAUGGUUCUGCCCCAAGACUGGACGCAGAUGAUGCUCGACAUCGAGGCGCGCGGCGAGACGAUCCGCAAAGACGUGAGCCAGAUCACGGAAUUGGUGGGACACCAGGACGCAGAGGCGACACAAAGCGAGCUGGCCGCACUCAACGAGACAAGUCGACAGGCCCUCGACGUGAUGGGCUCGCUUCUGUCGGAGCAACUCUCUGUCUUGCAGCAGCAGCUGCAGCUCGAGACGGACAUCCGGGAGGACACCGUGCGCCAGCGGCUGUCGGACGAGCAGAUUGCGUGCCGUGAGCUGUUUUGCCUCACCAACGCCGACGAUGCGACGUACGAGUGGUACAAGGACCGCGUGGAAGACCUGGUCGAGGGCACGUGUCAGUGGGUCCUCCAGCACGAGCACUUCCGGCAGUGGCUGGCGCAAGAUUCUGGCCCGCUGCUCGUCUCGGCCGAUCCCGGGUGCGGCAAGUCGGUGCUCGCCAAGUAUCUGAUUGACCGGGGGCUGGCAGAGCAAUUGCAGAACGUGCAGUCCCCGGACGCCGCGAACAGCGUGAACAGUACAAUCUGCUACUAUUUCUUCAAAGACCAAGACCAGAACACGUCCCGCCAGGCCCUCUGUGCUCUUCUGUACCAGCUCUUCUCCCAGAAGCCACAUCUUCUGCUGCAUGCCAUACCGCUGUACAGAAUACACGGCCACCAUCUGAACAAGUUUGAGAAGGAUCUUUGGGCGAUCCUGGGAAACGCGGUACGCGACCCACACGCCGGGCCGGUCAUUGUUGUUCUCGAUGCGUUGGAUGAAUGUGCCGCGUCCCAGUUCGACGGCCUGAUGCGGAGUUUGGAGACUCUGCUACACGAUACCCAGUCGUCCCAUGCCAAGUUCAAGAUGCUCUUGACCAGCCGCCCCUACGACCAGAUUGUCGACGAAUUUUGGAGCCUGUCGGACGCGUUCCCGCACAUUCGCAUCCCGGGCGAGGAGGCGUCGGAAACCAUCAGCCACGAGGUCAACCACGUCAUCCACUACCGCGUCGAGCAGCUGGCCAAAAAGAAGCAGCUGUCCCCCGACGUCAAGUCGGCGCUGGAGACACGAUUGCUCAGCAUCGAGCACCGCACCUAUCUCUGGGUGCAUCUUGCCUUUGACAGCCUCGAGGCCGGGUUCAAGAGGACGUCGCGCGGCGUCGUCGCUGCGCUGCAGGAGCUGCCCGAGAGCGUCAACCAGGCCUACGAGCAGAUUCUCAACAAGUCCAAGGACGAGCCGAUGGUGAGAAAGGCCCUGAGCGUCAUCCUGGCCGCGGUCCGGCCCCUGACGCUCGCCGAAAUGAACGUUGCCAUGAACACCACCGGCCAGGAGACGGCGCUCGCCGACUUGGAGCUGGAGACCGAAGCGGACUUCCAAUCACGUCUCCGCGAUUGGUGUGGCCUGUUUGUCUCCAUUCACCAUGGCCGCGUGAAUUUCCUCCACCAAACCGCCCGGGAGUUUCUCCUGUCCGUGUCGUCGUCUGUACCUGUACCGACCGUGCCGGGGCUACAGUGGCAGCAUUCGAUCACUAUGCGCCAGGCACACAUGGUACUUGCCGAGAUUUGUCUGCAGUUUCUCAACAUUUUCAACUUUGUAGAGCGCGAAACGUCAAAAUUGAUUCCGGCCCGCAUCACUUUCUUAACUUACGCGGCGGAGAACUGGCCGGGCCACUUCCGCAAUGCCGAUGCCGCCGACGAUGCGGCCAUCGUGCUGCUCGCUGCGGCUGUUUGUGGCGAAAAGUCAAGGAGCCGUACGAUCUGGACCGAAAUCUUUGAUCCGUUCGCGGACUGGCUUGGCCUUGGCUUGACGAUUGAUACGGUCAGUGGCAUUCUAUUAGCAUCGCAGCUGGGGCAUCCUUCGGUUGUACAGCUGCUUGUCGACCAGGGAGGUGACGUGAACGCCUGGGACCAAUAUGGGCGAACGCCGCUAUUGUUGGCGGCCAGGUCUGGGCACGCGGACAUGAUCCGUUUCCUGCUUGAGAAGGGCGCCGACAUCGAUAAGCCAGACAACACCACAAAGUUUACGCCAUUAAUGGAAGCGAUUUUGUGUGGGUCCGAGGAGGCGGUGCGGCUGUUGCUCGAGAAUGGCGUCAACGUCAAGGCGAAGGACGUACAUGGCUCGACACCUUUGAUAAUCGCCUCCAGGAAAGGGAAGGAAGUUCUCGCGCGACUGCUGCUGGAGAAAGGUGCCGACAUCAACGGGAUAACCGUGCAGAGCCAGACGGCGCUGUGCUUGGCUGUCAUAAAUAAUCAUCCUGCUGUGACACAGCUGUUGCUCGAGAGAGGGGCCGACACCGAGGUGAAAGGCAAGGACGGCCACACGGCGCUGUUUUGGGCCACAGUGGCGGAGUAUGAUGAUAUCGCGCUGCAAUUACUGGAGAAAGGUGCCACCAUCAGCGAGAAAGAUAGGGAAAACUACCCGUGGAUCGCUGUCGUCGAAAAGCGACUCGAGGACAUGGUUCAUAAUCGAGAUGAUGAUGGCUAG